UCGCCAGCAGGCAACGCUUCCGCAGUGAGCCGCGCCCCCUUGCCCCGGAAGCGGAAGCAGUUGGCGUUGACCCCCUCCGCCAUAUUGGAUGCUGUGGUGGAGGGUGGGGGGGAAGGCGGAAGGAGACACCUGGCAGCGGCACCGGCACCCCAACAAUGUCCGAAGGGGACAGUAUUGGAGAGUCUGUUCAUGGCAAACCUUCUGUGGUGUAUAGAUUUUUCACAAGACUUGGACAGAUCUACCAAUCCUGGUUAGAUAAAUCUACUCCAUAUACAGCAGUACGAUGGGUUGUAACUCUGGGUCUGAGUUUUAUCUACAUGAUUAGAGUUUAUCUACUACAGGGUUGGUACAUCGUGACGUAUGCCUUGGGAAUCUACCACCUAAAUCUCUUCAUAGCUUUCUUGUCGCCAAAGGUAGAUCCCUCUCUAAUGGAAGACUCAGAUGAUGGUCCUUCAUUACCCACAAAACAAAAUGAGGAAUUUCGACCCUUCAUUAGAAGGCUGCCAGAGUUUAAAUUCUGGCAUUCUGCUACUAAAGGCAUCCUUGUUGCAAUGGUAUGUACAUUCUUUGAGGCGUUCAACGUUCCGGUAUUCUGGCCAAUCCUUGUGAUGUACUUCAUUAUGCUAUUCUGUAUCACUAUGAAGAGACAAAUCAAGCAUAUGGUAAAGUACAGGUAUAUACCGUUCACACAUGGCAAGAGGAAAUACAAAGGGAAGGAAGACAUGGGAAAGACCUUCGCUAGCUAGAAGUUGAAUUGAGCCUGUUGACUGACUCUACAUAUAACUACAAGAACGGUUUUGAGCCAUUGUAACAAUGCCUUUUUUCUUCAUAUAAAGUAAUUAAGAGGGUGGUGACAAA